AAGAUCGCCGCGCAAAUCUACCGGCAGCUGGCCGACUCAGGCAAUCUCGAGGCCCGGUUUCACCUCGGAUGGGUCUCGUUCUUGGGCCUGGCUGUCUCCAAGAGCGACCAAAAGGCAUAUCUGCUCCAUGUCCAGUGCUUUGAGUGGUGCACCAUGGCCGCAAGCCUGCACUGGUUCGGCAAGUUCCUGUGGGCGUGCUGCUUCCAUGAGGGCAUCGGCAUCGCUCAGGACCGGCGCCGGGCUGCCACAAUCUUCGAGGAACUCGCCGGCCAAGGUUACGACAUUGCACAGGUCGUCCUCGGCGAUUGCUACUACUGGGGCCGUGGCGUCGAGUCGGACGACAUCAAGGCGGUCGCUUGGUUCCGGAAGGCUGCGGAGCAGGGCAAUGCUUGGGGGCAGUCCGAGCUGGGCUGCUGCUAUCACUUUGGUCGGGGCGUCGCCCAGGACGAGGCCAAAGCGGCUGAGUGGCGCCGGAGGUCGGCCAGCCAAGGAUAC